UCCCUGUGCUUGAAGCUCUCCUCCCUAUACCCAGCAAUGGCAGGCAAAGCCAGAAGCUCGCUCCUCUCGGCCCUCUUCCUCGUCCUCCUCUUCUUCGGAUCCUCGGCAUCUCCUCCUCGUACUCUCCGAGCUCGACGCCCCUGCAAGAGGCUGCUCUUCUACUUCCACGAUAUUCUCUACAACGGCCACAACUCCAAGAACGCAACCUCGGCCAUCGUCGGCUCGCCGGCGUGGGGCAACCUCACCAAACUGGCCGGACAGAGCCACUUCGGCAACGUGGUCGUGUUCGACGACCCCAUUACGAUGGACAACAACCUGCAUUCGACGCCGGUGGGAAGAGCUCAAGGCUUCUAUAUCUACGACAAGAAGGAUAUCUUCACGGCCUGGCUCGGAUUCUCGUUCGUUUUCAACUCGACGGAGCACAACGGCAGCAUCAACUUCGCCGGAGCGGACCCGCUGAUGAACAAGACGAGGGAUAUAUCGGUGGUCGGCGGCACCGGCGACUUCUUCAUGACGAGAGGGGUGGCGACGCUGAGCACCGAUGCGUUUGAAGGGGAAGUGUAUUUCCGGCUGUUCGUUGACAUCAAGUUGUAUGAGUGUUGGUAGCCAUGGCUGACAAUUUCAAUGUGGUGCUCUUUGGCUCUUCAUUUGUGUUCUUGUUCAUCUUUCAUGUGUUUAAUUUGGUGUAGCUCUGUUGAUUUCUUUGUUUAA